CAGGAUAGCGAACGCACGGAUCUCUGACUGUCUGCCGCCGCGACUGCCUGUUAGCUGAACGGUGUUCACUCUAUCCUUUAGUGCGUGCUGUGUCCACUUGUGUGUCCAUACUAACGGUCUCGAACGGCAGAAAAAAGAAAGAAAAGGAUCCAACCCGUCUACUGCGUUCCUGGCGUUGUUGAACGGUGUGGAGCCACUUCUUGAGUGAUAGAUCGGUGUCAGUUUGUUGGUGUUUGAGUGUUUGCUGCAAGGAGCAGCACACGCGCUUGCAUCGGUGUGUGCGAAGAAAAGGACCUCGCUUCCGUCCCUCGGUGGUCCCGUCUGGUGUUCGCGUCUAUUCCCGUUGUGCUGUGGAACCGACACACCAAACCUGGUGGUGCGAUUUGCUGCUUCCCUCCGGUGUGGUGGCUGUUGUCCUGUUCUUGUUGAGAAAGGAGUCCGCGUGCGCACACACUUGUGUCCACGAUAGCUGUGUGUGCGAGAAGCGGAAGUGUACCAGUGUCCUACUCUCCGCUGUUCGGAGCAGUGUGUUUUCACGUGUUUCUACCGGUGUGUCGGUAGAGCGAGUGCCGUCACACAGCGCACAGUGUCAGGAUCAGGAUAAAACGCCGCGAGCCAUACGCUGUCACAGUUGCGCUUCGUCCUCGUGAACGGAGGGGUCGAACAUCCAGCGUGCGUUUCGGCGUGUUUGUGGCUGUGUGUGUGUGUCUGUGUAUAAUUGAGUGAACGUUCCGUGUCGAUCAUCUGUAAGGGUUCGAGUGGCCACUUCCGUCAUGGCUUUCCUGCGUACUGUUUCGCGGUGCAACAGCUUGGUGUCCCGCAAGGUCACCUCACCUUCCGGCGGGCCGGGCAGCUGCUGGUCCUACGCAAAGUCGGAGCAAUUCCUGCGUCAAUAUGGUAUGCAUGCGGCCGGGAACCGUGGUCCGCUACCGAGUGCCCUGCUUGCCGCACUCAAUCAGCGACUCGCCUUGGAAGGACACUCGGCCGAGGAUCGCCGCUGGCGAUCGACCGUGGCGGCGGCGGCACCAGCGUCAUCCGGUGCGGGCGUCCAGGCCAGGUCGCAGCAGCAGGACAACAACCCUUCCAGCGGGCAGCGCGAUCCGCUCGAUGUCAGCUUCAACGAUCCACACGCCGCAUUCAAGAGCAAGACCACGCUCGAACUGAUUCGGGCCUACUUUGUGUACGUGCUCUGCUCAUCCGAGUUCCUGGUGGAGAACAACAUGAAGCUGAUGAAACUCACGCAAACCAUUCUGGGCGAAAAGCUCUUUACGCUGCUGAUGAAGUACACGUUCUACGGUCAUUUUGUGGCUGGUGAAGAUCAGUUCAAAAUUGUCCCAACACUGGAAAGGUUGCGCUCGUUCGGUGUAAAACCCAUCCUUGACUACUCGGUAGAGGAAGAUCUAUCCCAGGAGGAGGCGGAGAAACGCGAAGUAGAGGCAUCUCUGUCGUCUACCGGUAUCAAUCCGGGCGAUGCGGACUCGCUGCCACAGUACAGCGUCGACAAGACGUUCGCCGAUCGGCGAUACAAGGUGCAGAGUGCCCGUACCUACUUCUACCUUAAUGAAGCCACCUGCGAACGCAACAUGGAAACGUUCCUGGAGUGUCUCGACGCGGUCAAAGGAGCUACCUUUGGAACUGGUAUAACUGCUAUUAAAUUGACUGCCCUCGGUAGACCGCAACUGCUACUUCAAGUGUCUGAAGUAAUCAUGCAGGCCCGCAAAUACAUGAUGGACUUGGCCGGCAGUACCGGCAACAUUUUGACGCAUCACAAAACCAUCCAGGAUCUCGAACGUUACCUUGGCAACGUGUCCGACAAGGCGGAGGUGAAAGAGUUCCUCAAGAAAGUAACCUCAGACAAAGAUGGUAUUCUUCACCUUUUCCCCUGGACUGGUAUUAUCAACGAGGACUGUCAGCUGAGCGAAACGUUCCGCGUGCCAGAUCCGGUCACCGGCCAGAUGCGUCGCUUGAUCUCAAAGAUUCCACCCAAAGAGGAGGAGAUGUUCCGUAAUAUGAUUAGGCGUUUGAAUACGAUUGUUAAGGCUGCCCAAGAUUUGGACGUACGCAUUAUGAUUGAUGCCGAGCAGACCUACUUCCAACCAGCCAUCUCCCGCAUUACGCUCGAAAUGAUGCGCAAAUACAACACCGAAAAGGCCAUAGUCUUCAAUACGUACCAAUGUUAUCUGAAGGAUACGUACAAAGAGGUAUGCACUGAUCUGGAGCAGGCUAAACGACAGAACUUCUACUUCGGCGCGAAACUUGUGCGGGGCGCGUACAUCGAACAGGAGCGUGCCCGUGCGGCCGCACUAGGAUACGAAGAUCCCACGAAUCCCUCCUUCGAGGCGACCACUGAAAUGUACCAUAAGACAUUGACGGAGUGUUUGAGACGAAUCAGGAUUCUCAAGGAUUCAAACAUGGAUCCAAAGAAGAUUGCCAUCAUGGUAGCAUCGCACAACGAAGACACGGUACGGUUUGCCAUCGAAAAGAUGAAGCAAAUCGGUAUCUCGCCUGAGGAUAAGGUUAUUUGCUUUGGUCAAUUACUGGGCAUGUGUGAUUACAUCACUUUCCCAUUGGGUCAAGCGGGAUACUCAGCCUACAAAUACAUCCCAUACGGUCCAGUCAACGAAGUCCUGCCGUACCUCUCGCGGCGAGCGCAGGAAAACAAGGGUGUGCUGCAGAAGAUCAAGAAGGAGAAACGACUACUCCUGUCCGAAAUUACCAAGCGACUAGCGAAGGGCCAGCUGUUCUACAAACCGAAGGGCAAUUAUGUGCCUAUCUAAGGCGGGUUUUAGGGCAAAAGUAUUCGCCAGCAGUAGUCACACUAACCGCGCACACACAUACACAAACACAACCGCCGCAACCGAAAGAACAAGGAAGGAACACAGGCAGACAGAACUCAAUUUAACGAAAGUAACAACACUUGAACCUCUCCCACUUUAGACACGUACCCCUUGAUCGUUUACCGUUACCGUAUCUGACCACGGUUGACGAUCUUUUUAUUUAUAAUGGAACUAUGAACCUGCUUGGCAAAACGUAAAGCCCCGUCCCAUAAAGAUGGGCAACCCCUCCGACAAAUGUAAUGUGAUUUGUGAUUGAAAAUCCCUUUUCCCCCUGGCGCACGUGCUAUGAGGAACAGUAACGGUUUUUCGUUCGCGUUUGUGCUGUUACUUCCCUGAGCAACUGCCCAGUAUCGUUCCAAUUUAUGUUGUUUAAACACCAACCCGCGUACGGUAGCAUAUUUAUGUACAGGUUUUUUUAUGUUUCACAUGACGAACUUGCGUCUCAAACAGUUAACGUUAUUUGCUUCGUUCCUUAAUCGUUCUUUUUCGUGGGGACGAUCUUUCUGUUAUUUUGCUACUUCUAUUAGGCGCUUUCUUAAACUAGCGGCAGCAGCAGAAGCAAAAAGAUGCUACCUUCCACAUUUGAAGCAUAAUUUUGUGAUGUAUACAGUAGAACAUGUUUGUUUUAGGUAACCAGUGGUAUUGACUAACGUACACAAUUUAUUAUUUAAAAUUAAACGAAGAUUC